CUGUGGCUUAAACUUCAACGUCAGAACUCAAGCCUCAUGAUGGCUGCGCACGCGUCAGGGACAAGCUUCGUAAUGGUGACGUUAGGUCGAUCAUAUGUCAUGUCCGAGGCACAGGGCUCGGCGAUGGCAAGUUGUGGGGUUAUCUAUGGCUGGUUGCAAGCACUUGUGAAUUAUGACCGAGUAUGUACACUGGGAUAGUCGCAAUCCUGGUUACAGAUAUCGCAAGAUACAGGUUGCUCAAACGACGUCAUUGAAGCUGUCAAGUUCCAGGGGUCCAGGAAUGGCAGGUAGAGAAAGAUAUAAAGGUCUCGUUCGACCAGUGUAGAGCUCCUUCAUCAUCAACAACAAUCACAACAUCGCAACAAUCGCAACAAUCCAAACAAUCCACAAGCAAACAAACACUUUUCGAAUCUCAAAACAAUCUUACUUUCUCCUUAUCAAACCAUCUUCAAAAUGUCUGACGCCGGUCGCAAGGAUUUCUGUGCAGAGGCCAAGGAGGAGUUCACUCCUGACUCCACCAAGUCCACCCAGCAGAAGAUCAAGGAGGGCGUUACUGACACCGGCGACCGUGUCGCUCGUGGUCUGCAGACCGACCAGAGCAAGUCCGGCACUCAGGAGACUUUCGACAAGACUCAGCGUUCCCAUGACAACCACGCCCACGGCGGUGCCGGCGGAUCCAUGUGAGUAUUCUUCAAACAUACUGAGCUUGCAACUAGUUCUGACUUGUCUUCGUGCAGUGGUGACAAGGUCAAGAACGCCGUCGGCCUCGGCAACCACUAGAUAUGCUGUGUUGGAAGUGAAUGGAUAGCUUGCGGCAGCUUGAUAUCAUCAUUCCAUUGGGAGUCCACGAUAGCACUUCAGAAACCAUGCUUUCAUACC